CCCGCUCAGCCCGACCGUCUCACAUCUCACACCAGCCAACCACUCAGCCAUCAUGAAGACGAUUGUGUUCGCCGCCCUCUUGGCCGUGGCUGUGGCCAUUCCCCAGCAGGGUGCCCGCAUCAUCAGCCAGAGGUUCGACAUGGACCAGCAGGGCAACUACGAGUACGGCUACCAGCAGGACGACGGCACGGCCGCCGAACAGGUGGGCCGCGUGCAGCGGGGCCCCGAGCCGGAGACGGGCUCGCUCACCCAGCAGGGCAGCUACACCUACGUCGGCGACGACGGCGUCACCUACACGGUGUCGUACAUCGCCGACCAGGGUGGCUUCCAGCCGCAGGCGUCCCACCUGCCCGUGGCGCCGGCUCAGCUCCCCGAGUACGACCAGCUCAGGCAGCAGUACCCCCAGCUCUUCUAAACCACCGAACAGUUACGCAUAUGUGCCACGAAGGAAGUGAUCGAUAAAACUGUGAUUGGCAUUGUUUGAGUUUUGUACGAGUCUCGUAAAUGUCUUAAUCGUAUAAAUAAAUAUCUCCAUAUGACAUGAGA